AUGAAUGCCCUGGAUGAUGUCCCCUUCAAGGUGCCCAAGGGCUUUGUGAUAGACACAGAGCCCCUCCCUGGGCCAGACCUCAGUGUUCCAGACUGCAGGGAACUUCUGCUGGGCUCUAUGCUAAAACCGAGGGUGAGGGUGGCCUGCGAUGAAUGCCUGGGGCAUAGAAUCGGAAGCUGUCUAGAUCUGGAUAGUGUAUGGUUGAACAGGUUCCCCGGGGGCCAGGAGGUAGGGGUGUGCCCCCAGACCCUGGUUUGCCUGGCGGAGCCUCCCCUGGCCUUGUAUCUGCAGCACGACUUCGGCCUGGAGAGAAGGACACUCUUCUGGGUGGAGGCUGUCAUCCGGGGACCCUGCCCAGUCCAAUGCGAUGGUCCAGGGGCAGCUUCCGCCCCUCCGGCCUGGCUCUUGCUGGCCAGCCCCGAGCAAGGGCUGGAACCCGUGCCUGCCGCAGUUGAAGAUCCGGAGGCCGGAUCCCAGGAUCAGCCUGAGGAGGAGGAGGAAGAAGAGGAGGAGGAGGAGGAGGACCAGGAAGAGGAAGCAGCCUCCUCUGCCAUGGAGGAAGACCCGGAGCCCUGCAGCCCCCAGCCCAGCUCCGCGGCGAGCCCCUGCCUGGGCCAACACCGAUGCUCGCUGGACAUGCUGCGCGGCGUGAGGUCGGAGCUGGUUGGGGCUAGGCGGCGGCUCUCCGAGGGCAAGCUUGCCUCCCACCCCCGCAGCCUCCUGCACCGCCUCCGCCACCGAGCUCUGAGCCUCUGCCCUGCGCCGCCCCUGGGCCCAGCGCCUCCACCCCGCAGUGCUCCCACGCAGAACCCGCAGUCCCCUGUUUCUGAGGCCUCUCUCCCCAGCACCCGCACGCCCCCCUUGGGCCCCAAGACGUCGCUCCCCAGCACCCUCACGCUGCCCCCGCGGCCUUCCACGGCCGGCGCCAUGCCCCCGCUGCGGAGCCACAAGCCCACAGUUGCGUCCCUCAGCCCGUACACCUGCCUGCCACCUCCUGGACAGGUGCCCCAGCCUCGUGCUGCCCACAGAUUGCAACCUGAUUCUGCUGACUUGCUGUCUGCCCUGAGCCAGGAGGAGCAAGACCUCAUCGGGCCAGUGGUUGCCCUGGGGUACCCCCUGCACAGGGCCAUCGUGGCUCUGCAGAAGACGGGGCGGCAGAGCCUGAGCCAGUUUCUCAGCUACCUUAGCGCCUGUGACCGGCUGCUGCGACAGGGCUACGAGGAGGGGCUGGUGGAUGAGGCCAUGGAGAUGUUCCAGUUCUCCGAGAGCCAGGCAGGGGAGUUCCUGCGCCUCUCGGAGCAGUUCAGCGACAUGGGCUUCCAGCAGGACCGCAUCAAGGAAGUGCUGCUGGUCCAUGGCAACCGCCGCGAGCAAGCCCUGGAGGAGCUGGUGGCCUGUGCCCAGUGACCCCCCAGGGCACCUAGCAGUGUCUGUGCAUCCUGGUCCUGACCCAGACCUGGCAGUCCAUCCUGACUGUAUCGAGAAGACUGCAUGAGAAUAACAAAGCAGGGCAUGCUUGUUGUAAAAAUGCACACGAUGCCGAGAGUGGGAGUGAAUACUGUAGAGAAGGCAAAACUUUCCUUCUGAAAACUUCAGAGGGGCUCUUUAACAAAAAGACAGAUUAACAAGAGAAAAACCAAAACGUAUUAAUGCAGGUGGCACGCAUGAAACUUCAGUGAAAAGUAACCCAAGAUAGCAGUUUAGAACUCUGGCUGGGGAAGAUCCCCUGGAGAAAGGAAAGGCUGCCUACUCCAGUAUUCUGGCCUGGAGAAUUCCAUGGACUGUAUAGUCCAUGGGGUUGCAAAGAGUUGGACACGAUUAAGUGACUUUCACUUUAUAUAGCAUUUUCAACAAACAACAAUACAUUUGUAGAGAAAUGACAGGACAAAGGAAAACAGUUUCAGGCUUCCAAGGGUUGCAAACUGCAGGGAGGGAACUAAUGGAGUAAGAUUUAAUUGCAAGUUCCCUGGUACACUGCUGGGCUGACAAGAAUCUGUCUCCAGAAAAGAAUGUAUAUCCUGCCUCAGGGCAGAAAAGAGGGGAAGGGAAGAGAGAACUUUUCUUGCAUUUUCUGCUUGAUUGCUUUCAGCUCAGUUAUGUCAAGGGUUUCCCAGAUGGCUUAGUGGUAAAGAAUCCACCUGACAGUGCAGGAGA